AUGUCGAAAAAUACAACCAACCUCAACUCACGCAACUUUGCAAUGCCGCCUGUGCGGCUUCCACCAAAAGCCCGAAGAGGCUUGAUGCCGCUCGAUCAUCGACCCCAGCCGAUAGCAACAACAUCGGCGAAACCAAGUACCUCGUCGUAUCGAGCACCUGUUGCUGUUCGGUCGAGCAAACGCAAGGAUGAAUCGUCCUCAGCCGCCCUCAUGGAUCUGGACAACACCCUUUUCAACGAUGUCGAUUUGGAUAGCAUCCAAAAGCAGAUCGAAUCCCCUCCGUCCGUUCGCCUUUCCACCGCAAACCCCAAACAAGGAUCUCCGUCGAUUAUGGCUUCCCGCAUCAACCGUAGCCAGGCGAAGACACCCUUGGGCCCGAAAAGGGGACAUUCACUAGGAGAAUCCAGCCCAAAUGUUGCGUCCAGCACUCUGAAGCGACGGAAAUCCGGUGGGACGCCAAUGUACGUCCUUCAGAUGACUAUGCCGGACCAACCGCCAGAAGAAAAGCACUACGAGAAUCCACCGAGCCAAACCAUGAAAGACAGCGGCUGUUCGGACCAUAUGUUUGCGCCGAGAUUCGACGAAGACGAGCACCUGAUGUCGGAGAUGCUCCCGUGCGGUCAGCCCACGAGCACCGAGCAGCUGAUCCGGGAUAAGCUGCGUAAGAUCGAAACUCUCCGGGUUGGUUCGCAGUUACAGGGCCAGGUGAAAGACGACGCAGGAUUCGAGGUGUACACGAACCGCACCAUCUGCACCCAGUACAUGCGGCUCGACCAGACCGUGAUGGAGGCGAAUUCGGAGAAGAUCGAUCAGAUCCGAGCCUCCCAGCUGGAGAGCGACCCGGAAGGGCGUAUUUGGCAAUGUGUGCGCUCCCAGUCCGACGGUAAGGAGAACCUACCACAGGCGCACCAGGACCCAGUGAGUGAACUGGAGCGCGUAUUUGCGAAUUGCGAACAAACGCUGUUCGACAUGACGAACUUAUUUGCCGAUGAAUCAUCACCGGUUCGGAUGCAAUCGAGCUUGGCAGCUAUUAACUGGGACGAGGAGGUCCCGUUGCCAGAGCCUGUUCCCGCGGCGGUUCCGCCUCGUGUCACGUCGCUCUUCCUCGAUAAGGGGCCGUUUUUCGGAUUGCCCGCUACUGCUCAGCGUAUUUUGCGAGACUUCCGUGGCAUCAAGGACCUGUACGAUUGGCAGCGUGAGUGCCUCCUUCUUCCCGCCAUCCAGGAGCGGCGCAAUCUCAUCUACGCACUUCCCACCAGUGGUGGCAAAACGCUCGUGGCCGAGGUUCUGAUGCUGCGCGAAGUGCUGUGCCGGUUGAGAAACGUUAUUUUUGUCGUGCCGUACGUUUCCCUGGCACAGGAGAAGAUGAUCGCACUCAGCCCGUUCGCGCUCGAGCUGCAGUUCCUGCUGGAGGAGUACAGCGGUGGAAAGGGGCAGUGUCCACCGCGCCGGCGUCGCAAGAAGAACGCGAUAUUCGUGUGCACAAUCGAGAAAUCACUGCUGCUGUUGGAUUCCCUGGUGCAGGAAGGACGAGCAAACGAGAUCGGGCUGGUCGUGAUCGACGAACUGCACAUGAUAGGUGAACCACGCCGUGGUGCCAAUCUGGAGAUGCUGAUUACCAAAGUGCAGGUGUUGCGCGCCGGCAUCCAGAUCGUGGGCAUGAGCGCCACGAUCGGCAACCUGAACGAGGUUGCCCGAUUCAUGAUGGCGGAUGUGUACUGCCGCAACUUCCGGCCCGUCGAGCUGAAGGAGUACGUCAAGUGCGAGAAGGACAUGUACGAGGUGCGCGAUCAGAACCACGUGGAGCGCUCGGCGGACGUGUUCGGUGCGAAGCGUCCGGUAGAGUUUACGGACGACUGUUCGGACGAGCUGCGGCGGAUCGAUUCCGACCACGUGGUGCGGCUCGUGAUGCAGGUCAUACCGGAGAGCUCCUGUUUGGUGUUUUGCGGCACGAAGAGCAUGUGCGAGGGUUUGUGCGCGUUGUUGGCGCAAUAUCUGCCCGCCCGGUUCGCGGAACACCGUGCCGAGGAGCGCGAGCAGCUCGUGCACAUGAUGCAGUUAGAAGGAUCGGUCGCGCCUAUCCUGCAGAAAGGGAUACGCGUCGGAGCCGCCUAUCACCACGCCGGGUUGACGCACGACGAGCGGCGCAGUAUCGAGGACGCGUACCGUUCAGGUGUCAUCUCGGUGAUCGCUUGCACCUCGACGUUGGCUGCAGGAGUCAAUUUGCCGGCUCGCCGUGUCAUCAUCCGUUCGCCGUAUAUGGGUGGAAAUUUUCUCACGCUCAGCCGCUACAAGCAGAUGGUUGGGCGGGCAGGUCGGGCCGGUUUCGGGGAAACCGGUGAUUCGAUCCUGAUCUGUCCUCAGCGUGACAUUUCUCGGGUGUGUGAGAUGCUUUGCUCACCGAUGGACAUCGCCGAAUCGGCACUGAUCGCGGAUGAUCGGACGCAGUUUAAGUCGCUGUUGCUGAGUGCGAUUGGGUUGGAGGUGUGCACGACACGGAACGCACUACAAGCACUCGUCCAGAGUACGCUGCUUGCGCAACAGGCGCAACGUCGAUCGUUCGAUCUAGAAUCCAUCACAGACCAAACGAUCGUGGAUUUGUACCAAGGCAACGCGAUCAAGGCACGGAUUGAUAGCUGUCUGCGCAAUCCGCCCAACAUGCUGGUGCAGAUCGGUCCCGAUUCGAGUUCCCCGCAGAAGACUUCCACCACACCUCAUCAGUCCUCUGCUGAUCCUUCAGCCACGCGUGCCUUCAUUCGCGUCCACAAAUCACCGUCCCAUCCGGGGAAGGUGGUCAAAACCAUCGAGCGUACGAGCCUGCUGGAGGUGAACCGGCUCGGUAAAGCAGCGAUUCGAGCCGGGUUCGACAUGGAGCGAGCCGUGCGGUACUACGACGAGAUGAAAACCCUCGGCGAACGGUUGUGCGUGCUGGACGAGUACGAUCUGCUGCACCUGAUCGUGCUCGAAGAGGGCAACGAAGUCCGACAUAACAUGGACAUGAUCAUCGACGUGGUGCAUCGCCUGUCGAGCGAAAAGUUGCUGAUCGCCGAGCGGUUCGGCAUCGACAACGGGACGAUUAGCAAGAUCUUCUCCCGUCGCUUUAUAGCCGAUGUACCGAUGGCGAAGGUGAACCGGUUCGUCCGCGUGUUGAUAGUUCACGAGCUAUGGCGUCAGACGCCCGUACAUGAGGUGGCGCAACAGUACCACGCGAAGGCUGGCGCGUUGCAGUCCCUUAUGACUAACACUGCCGGGACGGCGUAUAGUUUGUUACGCAUGAGCGAAGAACUCCCGGAGAUGUGGGCCUUUAAGCAUCUCCUGACGGGCAUGACGGAACGACUCUCACAAUACAGCAAGCUUGAGCUGCAACCGUUGUUAGAACUGCCAUUAGUGAAGUUGGGACGAGCUCGACAACUGUUUCGUGCCGGUUACACCACACUAGCAUCGAUUGCGCGUGCCACGUCGAAGGAACUGGUCGAGUCCAUCGAGCACCUGAACUACCGGACGGCGCGCCAGCUAAUACUGUGUGCGAAGGCUAAACUAAUGGACGAAGUGGAUGCUCUACGUGACCAGGCGGAGGAGUACCUUUCUCAGCUCAAACGCUAG